AUGGCAGCCGGCGACUCGAGCCGGGUCCAGGAAGCCCAGAAGAUCGCAAAGACGGACCCCAGCAAGGCCGAGGCCAUUUACAAGGAGAUUGUGUCCCAGGCCCCGGCUGCGACUUCAGAUGCGGCGACACGCGAGUACGAGCAAGCUCUAAUCAGCUUGGGAGAGCUGUACAAGGAUGAGAAAAAGUCACAAGAUCUGGUAGAGCUCGUACGACAGAGCCGCUCGGUUCUGUCCUCGUUUGCCAAGGCAAAGUCGUCAAAGCUUAUUCGCCAACUUCUCGACCUCUUCAAGGAUAUCCCCAACAGCACCGACAUCGAAGUCGCCGUUACAAAAGACUGUAUCGAAUGGGCCACGGCCGAGCGUCGAGCUUUCCAGCGCCAGGACCUCGAGGUCCGCCUGGUCGCGCUGCAAAUGACCAAGCAAUCCUACUACGAGGCUCUCACGCUGAUCAACGGUCUGCUACGGGAGCUGAAGCGUCUGGACGACAAGCUGCGUCUGGUCGAGGUGCAGCUACUCGAGUCGCGCGUCUACCACGCCCUCGGCAACAUCCCCAAGGCCCGCGCGGCGCUCACGAGCGCGCGCACGAGCGCCGCCAGCGUCUACACGCCGCCGCUGCUGCAGGCCAACCUCGACAUGCAGAGCGGCAUGCUCCACGCCGAGGACAAGGACUUUAACACGGCCUUUUCCUACUUCAUCGAGGCCCUCGACGGCUACCACACGCAGGACGAGAACAACAAGGCCCAGGCUGCCCUGCAGUACAUGCUGCUCUGCAAGAUCAUGCUUAACCUCGUCGACGAUGUCAACCAGCUCAUGACGUCGAAGCAGGCCGUCAAGUACGCCGGCCAGAACCUCGAGGCCAUGAAGGCCAUUGCCCGCGCGCACGGCAACCGCUCGCUCGAGGAGUACGAGCGCGCCCUCUCCACGUACCGCUACGAGCUCGGCAGCGACGCGUUCAUCCGUAACCACCUCCGCCGCCUCUACGACGCCAUGCUCGAGCAGAACCUCAUCAAGGUCAUUGAACCCUUUUCGCGCGUUGAGAUUGACCACAUUGCCAAGAUGGUCGGCCUCGACACGCAGCAGGUCGAGCGCAAGCUCUCGCAGAUGAUCCUCGACAAGGUCAUCAUCGGCGUCCUGGACCAGGGCGCCGGCUGCCUCAUCAUCUACGACGAGACGCACCGCGACCAGUCGUACGACGCGGCCCUGUCGACGAUUGACAAGCUCAGCAACGUCGUGGAUGUUUUGUACACUAACCAGGCCUCUUUGCUGGAGUGA